AUGGCUCAAGCUGAAAAUGCAUGUCGAUUGAAGUUACUUCGUGCAGAUGUUCCUGCCGAUUUACUUCCAGCCGGAUGCACUCCAACUGAUCUACAACCAGCUGUAAAUGUUAAAGAGAAAAUUGAAGUUAAUGGAGAAUCUCGUCUAGUUCAAAAGAAGAAAACACUUUAUCCUGAAUGGGAGAAAUGCUGGGACACGGCAGUUGCAGACGGACGAAUUCUACAAAUUGUGCUUAUGUUCAAUCAGACACCGGUUGUUGAAGCAACGAUGAGACUUGAAGAUAUCAUCUCGAAAUGCAAAAGCGACGCGAUCACUCACAUCUGGAUAAACACUAAGCCAAACGGACGGAUUCUGGCUCAAACAAGACAUCUGAAGAAUGCACCGGAUGACGAUCAUCCUGUAGAGGACAUUAUGACAUCCCGAAGCAACUCUGGACCUGGAAUUCAACGUCGUCGAGGAGCGAUAAAACAUGCGCGUGUUCACGAGAUUCGUGGCCAUCAAUUCGUUGCCACUUUCUUCCGACAACCCCAUUUCUGCUCGUUGUGCUCUGACUUUAUGUGGGGUCUCAACAAACAAGGAUAUCAAUGUCAACUGUGUUCGGCUGCUGUUCACAAGAAGUGUCAUGAAAAAGUGAUUAUGCAAUGUCCUGGAAGUGCAAAGAACACCAAAGAAACGAUGGCUCUGAAAGAGAGAUUCAAAGUGGAUAUUCCCCAUCGAUUCAAGACUUAUAACUUCAAAAGUCCUACUUUCUGUGAUCACUGUGGUUCAAUGCUUUAUGGACUUUUCAAGCAAGGUCUUCGAUGUGAAGUUUGUAAUGUGGCGUGUCAUCAUAAAUGUGAGAGACUCAUGUCAAACUUAUGUGGAGUCAAUCAAAAACAAUUGAGUGAAAUGUAUCAUGAAAUCAAGAGAGGAACCCAUGCAACUGCCAGUUGUCCUCCAAAUAUUGCUAAUCUACAUAUUAACGGAGACAAUAAAAAUAAUGGAAGUUUACCGAAUAAGCUCAAAAAUCUCUUCAAAUCACAUCAAUAUAGUGUAGAAGAGCAGAAAGACACGGAUGAAUAUAUGGAUAAUAUAUGGGGAGGAGGCGAUGGUCCUGUCAAGAAAUUCGCUCUUCCACAUUUCAAUUUGCUCAAAGUUCUCGGAAAAGGAUCAUUUGGAAAGGUUAUGCUGGUGGAAUUAAAAGGAAAAAAUGAGUUUUAUGCAAUGAAAUGUCUGAAAAAAGAUGUGAUAUUGGAAGAUGAUGACACAGAAUGUACAUAUAUUGAACGACGAGUUCUCAUUUUGGCAAGUCAAUGUCCGUUCCUUUGUCAAUUGUAUUGCUCAUUCCAAACUAAUGAAUAUCUGUUCUUUGUGAUGGAAUAUUUAAAUGGUGGAGAUUUGAUGCAUCACAUCCAACAAGUAAAGAAGUUCGAUGAAGCCAGGACGAGAUUCUAUGCUUGUGAAAUUGUAGUUGCUCUUCAAUUUCUUCAUACCAACAAUAUUAUUUAUCGAGAUCUCAAAUUGGAUAACGUACUUUUGGAUUGUGAUGGUCACAUCAAACUUGCUGAUUUCGGAAUGGCAAAGACAGAAAUGAACAGAGAAAAUGGAAUGGCCAGUACGUUCUGUGGAACUCCAGACUACAUCAGUCCUGAAAUCAUCAAAGGACAACUAUAUAAUGAAGCUGUCGACUUCUGGUCAUUUGGAGUAUUAAUGUAUGAAAUGCUUGUUGGACAAUCACCUUUCCACGGAGAAGGAGAAGAUGAACUGUUCGAUUCAAUUCUGAAUGAAAGACCCUAUUUCCCAAAGACAAUUUCAAAAGAAGCAGCGAAAUGUCUAUCUGCGUUAUUCGAUCGUAAUCCAAAUACUCGUCUCGGAAUGCCAGAAUGCCCUGAUGGUCCAAUCAGACAGCAUUGUUUCUUCCGUGGUGUUGACUGGAAGCGAUUUGAGAAUCGACAAGUGCCGCCUCCAUUCAAACCGAAUAUUAAAUCAAAUUCGGACGCAUCCAACUUUGACGACGACUUCACAAAUGAGAAGGCUGCAUUGACGCCUGUACAUGACAAGAAUCUUCUUGCAUCAAUCGAUCCAGAAGCAUUCCUGAACUUCUCUUAUACGAAUCCUCACUUCUCAAAAUAG